ACUACUUCUCACUUCACCAAACACACUGUGCAGACAGAGGAGAGGGGAAAGUGUAGUAAGAUGCUUGCCCUGCUCAGUGUCCUCCUGCUUUCAUCACAUGUCCUUCCUCUCGUCCAAUCACAGUCGUGCGAUGACAAAACAGAGUACUUAAAUGACAAAACAUGCUGCACAAAAUGUAAACCAGGAGAGUAUGUGUUAGAGAACUGCAAACAAAAAAUGCCUGUUACUCUGUGUGCCCCAUGUGGAAAUGGCUUCUUCACGGACGACUAUAACAGCAAUUACAACUGGUGCUCUCAUUGUACAACGUGCACCAAAGACCAUAUGAAGUAUGAGAAGAAUUGUACGGCGACAAGUGAUGCAGUGUGCACGUGUGUUGAGGGCUACAGAUGCAGAGACAGUAAAUGCCAGGAGUGUGAGAAGAUUCAGACAGCUACUGUUUCUUCUCCUGCUUCUACUAAAACAAUACCGCCCACCCAUGACAUGCACGACAAUAUGGAUGGAUCAUGCCAACAUCACCCGGUCUCUGGCGCACCGACAAGAGCAACUUUGGAUCCAGUCAGUGCACAGAGGAAGAGGAGGUACCAAUGCCAGUGCAGGAGAUGUGUGGAAAGACUGAAAAACUGGAGGAUGUCUGAGAAAAGAGCGGGAAGAAGACCACUGAUGCGUCUAUGGAUUGAGUAUUUACUCUGAUACAAACCUGCUGCUGCCAUUUACGCAAGAGAAAAUCUGCACUCAGGUGGCCCAUCUGAAGGUUCUGUGAGAAUGACUGUCCUUCCUGAGAAAUGCUGAUAGAGAGAGAUUUGUAUUGCCACUGCACAUAAGCACACACUCAACAUACAACAUAGAGCUAAUCUUUUUCAACAAAUGAAGGUUUUAUUCUCUGCACGCUUGUUUGUAUUUAUAAUUGGGUAGUUUUUGCACAGCAUGCCCAUGGACUUCUUUUAGGUGUAUAUGUAUAUGUAUGAAUGUAUAAGGUAAAG